GAAAAUAGUGGGUAAUGUUGGGAUGCUGAUGUAGUAAUGGCAGAGAAAGUCUGAAGUGCCAUUAAGAGUAAUUUGGAUAUUGGAGAGAAGAAAAUUACAGGGACCAGACCAGAGGCAGAGAAAAUGACCAGAGAGUAGAAAGAGAAAGCUUAGAGUGGAGCUAGAAAGAAGAGAAGAGAAGAGAGAGAGAGAGAGAGAGAGACACACACUUGUGUGUUCUGAGAGAAAACUGUUUUAGGGAUUUGAUAAAUUUCUGGGCAUUUCGAUUUGAUUUGAGCUCUAAGGAGAUAGAAGAAGAAAUCACAACAAGACGCUGCUCUCUGAAAAGUGUUGCCAAGAAAAACAGCGGUUUUUCUGUGACUCUUUUCAGGACAAAAGCACAAAGCGGUUUUGUAACCGAAACAGACCCAAACAAGAUGAUAAAAACUCACCCACUGUACUCCUAAUUAUCAAAUUCAAUGCUCUCAUAACCGUCGCCUUCUUUCUCUCUCUUUUCCUUUCGCCAUUAAUGGGGUAGCUUUUACUGCUCCAAGACCUUUCAUUUGUUCUUGCUAUUGUUCUUGUUCUUGUUAUUGGUUUUCUUCAGACUUCACUUGGAUUCUCUUCUUUACUCUCUCAUGGCUCAUGCUGAGAGUAAUCUCAGGGAUGCUUCGAUUUCUUGUGGUGGAAGAGGAGGAGAUGAUCUAUAUACGGAGCUAUGGAAGGCAUGUGCAGGUCCGUUGGUGGAGGUACCACGGGCUGGAGAAAGGGUUCUCUAUUUUCCUCAGGGUCACAUGGAACAAUUGGAAGCAUCAACAAAUCAGGAACUAACUCAACAAAUCCCGCGGUUUAAUCUUCCUUCUAAGAUCCUUUGCCGAGUUGUCAACAUUCAACUUCUGGCAGAACAAGAGACCGAUGAUGUUUAUGCUCAGAUCACCUUGCACCCAGAACCAAAUCAAGCUGAGCCUACUAGUCCUGAUUCAUACCCGCCUGAACCCCAAAAGCCAACAGUUCAUUCAUUCUGCAAAAUUCUAACACCUUCUGAUACAAGCACCCAUGGAGGGUUUUCUGUUCUCAGAAAGCACGCCACUGAAUGCUUGCCUCCAUUGGACAUGAACCAGGCAACCCCAACACAGGAACUGGCUGCCAAAGAUCUGCAUGGGUAUAACUGGCGAUUUAAACACAUAUUUAGAGGUCAACCAAGGAGACAUUUGCUUACAACUGGAUGGAGUACAUUUGUCACUUCCAAGAGACUUGUUGCAGGAGAUGCUUUUGUUUUUCUUAGGGGUGAUAAUGGGGAACUGCGAGUUGGGGUUCGGCGUCUUGCUCGUCAGCAGAGCUCCAUGCCUUCAUCUGUGAUAUCCAGCCAAAGCAUGCAUUUAGGAGUGCUCGCUACUGCUUCUCAUGCUGUUACAACACAGACCCUUUUUGUUGUGUACUACAAGCCUAGGACAAGCCAAUUUAUUAUUGGCUUGAACAAAUAUUUGGAGGCUGUUAAUCAUGGGUUUUCUGUUGGCAUGCGCUUCAAGAUGAGAUUUGAGGGAGAAGACUCUCCUGAGAGGAGGUUCACAGGAACUAUCAUUGGAGUUGGAGAUAUUUCUCCUCAGUGGUCAGGCUCUAAAUGGCGGUCAUUGAAGAUACAAUGGGAUGAACCAGCAACAAUUCAAAGGCCAGAGAGAGUUUCUCCAUGGGAUAUUGAGCCUUUUGCUGCUUAUGCUUCUACAAAUCUUCCUCUGACAGUGGUAAAGAGUAAAAGGCCCAGACCAGUAGAUACACCAAUGUCAGAAAUUACCACCAAUUCAACUGCUUCGCCCUUCUGGUACCAUGGAUCAGUUCAGUCCCAUGAGUUGAGCCAACUAGGUAGUGCUGCUGAAGCUCAAAGUUGUGAAAGCCCAGUUGUUUGGCCUAUGAGGCAGAAGGAAAUUGAAAGUAGUAUUCUCAACGGUAGCAGCUGUAACUCAAUGGGCAGACCGGAGGGCAUUUGGCCUACUUCUCCUCAUAUGAAUGCCUCUCUAAGUCUUUUCCUUGAUUCAUCUGAUGACAACAGAAAUAUAACAACGCAGUCUGUCAUUUCUGGUUAUGUGUCACCUCUACCAUCAUGGCAAAGCAAUGGCCUGAUAAAUAACCAGGUGGAGAAAGGGAAAAAGUAUGAGAAUUCUGUAGGCUGCCGUUUAUUUGGAAUUGAUUUAACAAGAAAUUCUAAUGCUGCUGCUCCUCCAGAGAAGGAAUCUUUGUGUUCAACUGUUGACCCCAAUGGCACCAUAGGAUCUGUUUCAGCUCCAGGCGGUUCUGAUAAGGCACAAAAUAUGGAUAAUUUCAAGUCCUCGAAAGAACUGAAGCAAAUUGCUUCAGAUGCAUUUACAAGAGAGACGCACAACAAGCUGGUCUCCACUUCCACAAGAAGUCGUACCAAGGUGCAAAUGCAAGGAGUUGCUGUUGGUCGAGCUGUUGAUCUAACAGUGCUGAAAGGGUAUGGAGAUCUCAUAAAAGAGCUGGAGGAAAUGUUUGAAAUCAAAGGAGAGCUUUCAACUCGUGACAAAUGGGCUGUUGUAUUUACUGAUGAUGAGGGUGACAUGAUGCUCCUGGGUGAUGAUCCGUGGAUGGAGUUCUGUAAGAUGGUUAAGAAGAUAAUAAUAUAUUCAAGUGAGGAAGUGAAGAAGAUGAACACAAGAUGCAAGUUUCCUGCUUCAUCUCAUCUCUAGGAGGAUGAAGGACCAUUGCAAGCUUGGACUCUAUCUGACACCUGAAAAGUUUGGAUUGACCCUUUUUGAUUUAUAUGGUUAAAUUUAAUUUUUCUUUUGUUUGGGAGGGUGGAAAGAAAUUCCUUUUGGUGGGGUUCAGUUUGCUCAGUAUUUUUGUUGAGCUUUGCACUAAGGAUGGUAGUUGAGUGAAGAAAAAGCAUGUUGGGCCUUUGAUGAAAGGGUGUAGCAAAGACUUUAAAGUCUGUUAGAAAUGGAAUUUCUGUAUACUUUGGGGGUUGGUAUGGACUUAAAUUUAAAUCACCCUGUAAAAAAAUAUAUAAUAUGCAUGAUUGUGUUUUGGUGGCUUUUA